AUGUUCACUGGGUCAACAGGACCGCUGGUCUAUCCCGCUGCGCAUGUGUAUGUUUACUGGGCCUUGUAUCAUAUUACGGAUAAGGGGAAGAAUAUCCUGCUUGCGCAGCGGAUCUUUGGGGUGCUGUAUUUGGCUACGAUUGCUGUAGCUAUGGCAUGUUAUAGACGGGCGAAGGCUCCCUUGUACAUAUUUCCGAUGCUCAUUUUAUCGAAACGUCUCCACAGCAUCUUCGUCCUCCGCCUCUUCAACGAUUGUUUCGCCGUCUUCUUCCUCUGGAUCGCCAUCUACACUUUCCAGCGCCGGUUAUGGACCCUUGGUUCUUUGGCAUACAGCUGGGGACUGGGUAUCAAGAUGUCUCUACUACUGUCGCUUCCAGCAAUUGGAGCUACGCUGUUUUUAGCCAGAGGUGUGCAAGCCAGCAUCAAGCAAGCAUGGUUAAUAGCGCAGGUACAAAUUAUCAUUGCCUUUCAAUUCAUGCCGACAAACGCAAUUGGAUAUUUCAGCAGAGCUUUCGAGUUCUCGAGGCAGUUCUUGUUUAAGUGGACGGUUAAUUGGAGGUUUGUGGGAGAAGAAAUAUUUUUGAGCAGGGAGUUUUCCACCACUCUACUAAUAGGACAUAUCAGCGCUCUGGUACUUUUCAUCACGACGAGAUGGUUAAGGCCUGCUGAAGAACCAAUUACGGAAAUGAUCAGGAAUGCAUUGAAGUGGGAAGAGCCUCUGGGGAAGAUGCAACAUGCCAUAUCUAUCCGGGUAUCUCCUAACUUCAUCCUCACAAACAUUUUGACGGCCAAUGCUAUUGGUAUGCUAUUUGCGCGGUCCCUCCACUACCAGUUCUAUGCCUACAUCGCACUAGCAACCCCGUUCCUCCUCUGGCGGAGUGGAUUGCAUCCAAUCUUUCAAUAUUCGUUGUGGAUAGCUCAGGAAUGGGCAUGGAAUGUUUAUCCCAGCACCAACAUCAGUUCGAUGGUUGUGGUUGGGGUGUUGUUUGUUACGGUGGCAAGUGUUUGGUACGGUACUCGCAAGGACUUUGUUAAUCCAAAGGGCGAGGGCGCGGCGAGUAAGACAUUCACUUGA